AUGAUUGCUUCUAGUAAUGGUAAAUGCAAUCCCAUUCACCAUUUCUCUGCUGAUGAGACUCUGAGAGUAACAAACAACUUUAAUCCACUUCACACUAUUCAGAAAAGUAAAUUACUUCCCCGGAGUCAUACUAUUAAAGUUGAUGAGCCCAUUGAUGAUGCACAUUAUACUAUGUAUAUGGGUUCUUUAGAUGACCGCCCAAUUAUUGUCAAGGAGUUUGAAGGGACAAUCACGGAAGAUGAACUUAGGUCUUUUGCUAUCCAUGAUAUUGUCAUUACAACCCAGAUGAGCAACCACAUGAAUGUUUUAAAACUCUUAGGCUGCUGUUUAGAGUUUCGUGUACUGCUUCUGGUGCUUGAAAAUCCAAUCCAUGGUGUUGUAAAUGAUAAAGGAGCACUUCCUGUCAUCCAUAGGGAUAUAAGACAUGGCUCAUUUUUCUUGGACCAUUAUUUGGUUCCUAAGUUCUGCAACUUCUCACUCUCUAUAAAAAUUCUUCCUAACCUAUUGCAUGCUGAUGAUGAUGUGAAUGGGAUUUUUGGUGACCUCGACCCUAACUAUGUGAUAUUUGGUUGUGUCACCAAAAAAAGUGACGUCUAUAGACUUCUACUUGUUUUCUUGAUUGGGAAGAAGCUUGACAAUUUAGGAUGGGGAACAAAAUUUUGCUCAAUAAUUGAAAAUGGGAAAGCUCACAUUCAGAAUGAUCGGUUUAGUAAAGCUUUUUACUCAAAAAUUUUAGGAGAGGGAGUGAGCAAAGAUCAAGCAAGGCCAGAUAUGAUUGAUGUGGCAAAAGAACCCAUGUAG